UUUUCAACCUAUUCCUUGCUCUAAGCCUUCUUUUCCGCCCCUAUUCUCCCUGCAUCACAUUCAUCGAUUGAUUGGUGUGGAAGCUUGUUCAAUCUUAAGGGAAGAAGGAUCAGAGCUUGACCGUCUUAAAAAAAUAUAUAUAGAGCAUUGAGGACCUGAGGACCUGACUUUUCAAGGAACAACACAUGGCCAAGCAUCAUCCCGAUUUGAUUAUGUGCAGAAAGCAGCCGGGAAUUGCCAUCGGGCGACUGUGCGAGAAAUGCGACGGGAAGUGUGUGAUUUGCGAUUCACUAGUGCGCCCUUGCACGCUUGCCCGUGUCUGUGAUGAAUGUAACUAUGGAUCAUUUCAAGGUCGAUGCGUAGUCUGUGGAGGUGUGGGAAUAUCAGAUGCAUACUACUGCAAAGAGUGUACUCAGCAGGAGAAAGAUAGGGAUGGUUGUCCAAAGAUUGUCAAUUUGGGGAGUGCCAGAACAGAUCUCUUUUAUGAACGCAAGAAAUAUGGCUUUAAGAAAAGAUGAUUUAUAUUUGGGGUCCAUCGGAAUCGAAAUGGUACAUUCCCAUAACUUGUUUGAUUCAGCAGGAAUGAGAUUUCAUUUCCAAGGAAAGAGUAAGGAAUAACCAUUCUCUCAAA